UAGUAAGUAAUCUCAUUAACGCAGAGAGAGACAUAAACAUAAACCAGUGUUUUUGUUGCGGUCGGUGUCUGGUCAGUCACUAUUCACUCUUGAGUCUUCACUUCUCUUUCUCUUCUCUAUCUGUCCCUUUCCGUUCCUUUUUCUCUCUGUCAUUUUCAGCUUAUUGUCUCUGUGUCUGCGGGGAAGGGACACCACACCACACCAUCUUCACCAACCCGUCGACGUUUAUCAUUCAGUCACUAUAAGUCAGUAAUUACUACUCUUGUGCUCGUGUGUUCAGUUGAAUUUCAAGGUGCUUCAUAGUUGCUGGGCUCGUUAACUUCCCAUCUUUAAAUGUCAUGCACCUAUACAAUGCUGGUUGUCCUAGUUCCAGAACAAAGAGGAAGAAAAAUUGAGAUGAUUACUUUUUUUUUUCUUUCACACUGACAGGUUUGUUGUCAACGACUGAGAUGAUUUUGCAUCAAUUCUCCUUUACUAGUAAGGGUACAUGAGAAAUAGGCAGUAAGAAAUUUGGCUUGUAUGUUUGAAUUGUCAUGCCUCUAACUGCCAUUUGCAGAAAACAUAAUUGCCUCCAUGAAAAAUAUGGUUCUUUUGGUGCGAUACGUUCCUCUUUUAUGAUCUAUAAUGUGGAACAGAAUAGUACUCUUCAGUGGAGAUUUGGAUGGCAUGAAUGAAUUUGCCAUUUUACAGACAAGAAUCAUAGAUUUGGCCCUGUAAUGCACAUAUGACAGCUGUUUAUUGCCAAAUGUUAAUUUGCACAAGUUAGUAGAUAUUUUCUGUCAUUUUUGUGUGUGUUUUGCAAGAUUCUCUAAAAGACAUGUCAUCAUGGUGGAAAAAGUCUUCAUCCAAAGAUGUAAAAAGGAAAGAAAAAAGGAAAAGUAUUAUUGAUACAAUACAAAGGAAAUUAAAUAGAUCAAGAGGGUCUAGGAGACAUCAUAGUCACACUAUCUCAGAGAAGGGAACCACAUUCCUUGUGCCUACAACCUCACCAUCACCCUCAACACAUGUCUCCCGCCUACAAAGUUUUGCAGAAAGACCUCUUGCUCAGCCACUCCCACUCCCAGGGACGCAUCGCCUCUCCACCAAUCGUGCAAAUUCUGGAACUAGUGUAACAUCAAAACCAGAAAGCACCAGGGGCUCGAAAUCAUCUCUAUAUUUCCCCUUACCGAAACCUGGUUGUGUUUUUAACGGGGGAGAACCUACAGAUGCUGAGGAAGAUAUUGGCACUGCAUCAAUUUCUAGCGGCAGCUCUAUUGAUAGUGAUGACCAAUGUGACUCACAUUUUCUUAGUCCUCUGGCAUCUGACUCUGAAAAUGGAAACCGAGCUACCGUUCACAGUACUGUCAGUGGGGUUCACAAGGAUCAGCCGCCCAUUACCAUCCCAAAAAACUCAAGGGUAUCCUCAAAACCAGCUCCUCAACUGUGCAAUCAUCAAAUUUUAUCUAACACACCCAAAGGGGCUUCUUUGCAUAUGCCGAAUCUGCAAAUAGCUUGUUCAGGUGGUUUAUGGAGUGCUCCAGACAGUUCAAUGUCAAGUCCUUCUAGAAGUCCACUGAGAACGUUUGGUUCCGAGCAAGUUUUGAACUCUGGAUUCUGUACAGGAAAGCCAUAUCCAGAUUUAGCUUCUGGACACUGCUCUAGUCCAGGUUCAGGCCAUAAUUCAGUUGGUGGGGAUCUGACAGUGCAGAUAUUCUGCCCACAGAACAGGUGUAGCCCUGAGUGUUCUCCAAUACCCAGUCCCGGAAUGAAAAGUCCCGGUUUCAGUUCCAGGAUACACAGCAGUGCUGUCUCCCCUCUUCAUCCACGUGCUGGAAGUGCUACAUUAGAAUCGCCCACAAGACGCCCUGAUGAUGUGAAACAACAGACUCACCGAUUACCUCUUCCUCCAAUAACAAUCCCUAAUUAUUGUCCAUUUUCUCCAACAUAUUCUGCAACUACUACUCCUUCAGCGCCUCGUAGUCCCAGCAUAGCAGAAAAUCUAACAAGCCCUGGCUCACGCUGGAAAAAGGGACAACUGCUUGGAAGGGGGACAUUUGGGCAUGUAUAUCUUGGUUUUAACAGUGAAAGUGGUGAGAUGUGUGCAAUGAAGGAGGUAACUCUUUUUUCAGAUGAUGCUAAAUCAAGGGAAAGUGCUCAACAACUUGGCCAAGAAAUUGCAUUGCUAAGUCAUCUGCGGCAUCCAAAUAUAGUCCAAUAUUAUGGAUCUGAGACGGUAGAUGACAAACUUUAUAUAUACUUGGAGUAUGUCUCUGGUGGGUCAAUCUAUAAGUUGCUUCAACAGUAUGGCCAGCUUAGUGAAAUUGUUAUUCGUAAUUAUACUCGGCAAAUUCUGUUAGGUCUUGCUUAUUUACAUGCUAAGAACACUGUUCAUAGAGACAUUAAAGCAGCAAACAUAUUGGUGGAUCCUAAUGGGAGGGUAAAAUUGGCAGAUUUUGGCAUGGCAAAGCAUAUAAGUGGGCAAUCCUGUCCAUUAUCUUUCAAAGGAAGUCCUUACUGGAUGGCACCUGAGGUGAUAAAAAAUUCAAAUGGUUGUAAUCUUGCUGUUGAUAUAUGGAGCCUUGGCUCUACCGUUUUUGAGAUGGCUACUACAAAACCUCCUUGGAGCCAAUACGAAGGGGUUGCGGCUAUGUUUAAGAUUGGAAACAGCAAGGACCUUCCUGCAAUGCCAGAUCAUCUAUCAGAAGAUGGAAAAGAUUUUAUCAGGCAAUGCUUGCAAAGGAAUCCAGUGCAUCGUCCCUCUGCUGCUCAACUUCUGCUGCAUCCAUUUGUUAAAAAAGCCACACUGGGAAGACCUAUUCUGUCUGCUGAUCCUUCAGAAGCAAAACCUGAUUUUGUGAAUGCUAUGAGAUCUCUGGCCAUUGGACCUGCAAAACAUAAUUUAGCCUUAGUUUCAGAAGCAGCUGGUACAUAUCUGUCUAGAAGCUCGAGAACUGGCUCAGGAUCAAGUGAAGCCCAUACACCAAGGAACAUUUCAUGUCCUGUGUCCCCUCCUGCUGGGAGCCCACUUUUGCCUCCUAGGUUACUGCAUGUGACUGGACGGCUGUCUCCAUCUCCCAUAUCUAGUCCUCACACUGCAUCAGGCUCAUCUACACCACUCACUGGUGGCAUUGGUGCAGUCCCUUUUCAUCAAACAAAGCAGCCAAUAUUCUCACAUGAAGGUGUCAAUGUGAUACAAAGACCUCAAAAUGCUCUUAAUUCAAAUGGAAGCACUGCUUAUCAGGAGCCAAAUUGUGACCCACUUUGGAGGAUUCUGAAAAGCACUUUUGCUUGCCCGGAUAUAGUUUCAUCCAACAAUGAUGCUCUUGGAAACCAUAAUAGAAGGGUUGGCCAGGGACUCCCAAGAGAAUUUUACGAUGGGAAGUCAUAUUUAGCGGAUGGUGUAUCGCAGCAGCUGUUAAAUGAUCAUGUAAGAAAAUUUCAUUCCUAGAUCUUAACCCCAGUGCUUCAAUGCUGAUAGCUCAUGGAGUAGAGUUAUAUAUAUAUACUCUUUGAAUGACUUGGAAGUAACAAACUCAUUUUGGAUUGCAUAGCGUAUAUAUUUCUUGGGUCCACAAAGAUGGUGCAAAAUCCUCAAUUUUAGAGUGGAUGCCCUUGGAUAUGAUAUAAAACUUUAGCCUCAGCCUUAUUAAAAACAUUUUUUAUUUUGGCAUUUUAGGAAAAUGUACAUUAACUUGGUUCGGUCACUAUGUUGUAUUUGAUCAUUCUAGCUGAAAAUAGUGGUGGCGCCAAAAGCCUAAGUGCACAAAAAACAAAGAUAUGUUCUACAGAUGGUUAGGAACCAAAUUGAAGUUGAAUUUAAGCAACAUUUUCCUCCCGUA